UCAACCACACCUUGUCGGGGAAGCUAGCUCGCGAGAGACACGCGCGCGCGCACACACACAUACACACACCUUCGCAGCGCUACCCGUCGUCGUCGUUCGACCGGUCGUUUCGCUUUCGACGCGGUCUGCCUGUUGCGACACGGCUCACUCGUCGAGGGAAGGAUCCCAAGUGGAAGACGGAUAAUUGACAAGGGACUGAAGAAGAUGGACCUAAAAGGGCGAGUUGCCCUGGUGACGGGCGCCGCUUCCGGUAUCGGUAAAUCCUGUGCCGUGGAAUUAUUGAAUAAAGGCGCGAUGGUGUCUAUAUGCGACAUAAACGCGGAAGAGGGCGAGAAACUGGCGGAAGCUUUGUCCACGGAAUACGGAAAGGAUUGUGUAAUCUUCUGUCACUGUGACGUUACAGACUACUCGCAGUUCGAGGAAUCGUUUCGAACGACGUUCUCCACAUUUGGCCACAUCGACAUCGUCGUUAACAACGCAGGAAUCAUGAACGAUCGGUUCUGGGAACUGGAAGUCGACAUCAACGUCAAUGGCGUGAUCCGCGGGACUUUGCUCGCGCAGCGAUUUAUGGGAACGGACAGGGGCGGCCAGGGUGGAACCGUGGUUAAUAUCGGAAGCAAUGCCGGCAUAAACCCUUAUGCCAGUGUUCCAAUUUACUCUGCCACCAAGUCGGCAAUCGUCAACUUCACCAGAGCCAUUGGGCACCAAUUUCACGUGGACUCAACUGGCGUGAAGGUGAUGGCAUUGUGUCCAAGUGCGACAGAUUAUAAAUUAUUAGGAGACGUCAGUAAACAGCUGCUCUGGGCCCGAUACGUAGACGCCUGGAUCUGUGACGCUGCCAACAUAGUUCCUCAAAGAGCGGAGCACGUGGCUCAGGCGUUGAUCCAGAUCCUGGACACAGGCAAGAGCGGAAGUGUGUGGCUGGUGGAGAAGGAACAGCCUCCUCACGAGAUCACAUUCCAGAAGAACUAAGAUCCUGAUUGGAUCCUCUCUCGCUUGAAUACAGAUAACUGCCGUACCAUAAUCGCGAUACUGUACCGAGGUUAUAAUUCACAACCGGCGAAACGUCUCUCUCCCUCUCUCCCUCUCUCUCACUCGAUCAAUAACACGAAGAAGAAAGGCAGAGGGGAAACAAUCGCGUGAAAAAGCGGCUAAAGCUUUCGUACGUGGGUCACUUCCGAUUUCACCGGAAACCGCAACAGCUACUCGAUGGAUCGAGGUGUGAGAGAGCGUGCGAGGACGUGCGGGAACAUGAUUACGCAUUUAGGUUUAGAGGAGCGACAGUCGCUUUACCAAAGAUUACGGAAGACAGUUUGUAUGGUGAAAACGACCUUUUCUUUGUUCUUAUGCGUUCGUAUUAAGUCUAAGAGGAACAGCGUCCGUUCAAACAAUAUGAUAAUUUAACGCAGGGCCGUACUUAUACCUUUGAAGACCCUAGCAAGGUGUUCAAAUGAAAA